AUGAAUAGUCCAAUCAUCGGUCAAAUAUUUGAGUAUCAAGCAUUAAAAAGACCGAAGCAAGCUUGUCUUCUUUAUUCCGAUUCAGUACACAAAUUUUCUCAAUAUUCAUCAUUGACAUAUAAACAAGUCAAUGAUAUAACGAACAAUCUUGCUCAACAAUUUUCUCAACAUAUAUCACAAAUGAAUAAUACAGUUGUUUGUCUAUUAGCAAAUAACAGUGUUGACUAUUUAUUGACACUGUAUGCAUUGUUGAAAUUAAACGUUACUGUAUUUCCAUUAAGUACACGAAAUUCUCCAGCAGCAAUUGUAGAUUUAGUGAUAAAAACAAAAGCAUCCCAUUUAUUUAUAAGUGAACAAUAUUGGUCAAUAGUUGAGCAACUUAAGAAUCUAACAUUAGAAAGUGUUAAAUUAGAUGAAUUAGACAUCACCAGUUUGCAACAAUCAACACUAUCAUUUCCAAAGUUCGCUGAAACAGAAGAUCGUAUUCAGAUGAUAUUUCAUAGUUCGGGUUCCACAUCCUUUCCAAAACCAAUACAUUUUCUGGGCAAAAAUAUACUGGAUUAUUAUGAUAUAUUUACGAGUGUAAAUAGUGAAUAUUGGAAAGAGAAUGAUACAGUUUUGCUGUGGGGAUCAUUAUUUCAUAUAUUCCCAUUUGCAAUAACCGCCGUAGUAUUUCAAGCCGGUGGCACACUUGCAUUACCAUUGUCCGCUACUUAUCCGCCAUCACCAGCCGCACUUUUAGCCAAUAUUCAAGUUGAACAACUGACAAAGUUAGUUUCUCUACCAAUUCUUCUUGAAAAAUUAAUUGAUGAAAUGAAAAACAAUAAAGAUAUUAUCAAUUGGACACCACUAAUGAAAUUUGAUUUUAUUAUGUAUGGUGGAGCAACGUGUCCCGAUAUAAUUUGUCAAGAGUUAGUUGACAAUGGCGUGAAUCUUAUUGCUCACUACGGUUCGACUGAUCUAAAAUCAGAUCUAAAAUGUUGUCGACAUGAAAUGAUUAUACAUUUAAAUCAUGAUAUUAAAUUAUUGAAUGAACGAUCGGCAGAUUUGCGCCAAAGUAACGAUUUACAAGCUGUUUAUGAAGAUGAAUCAACAGUUACUGGACCAAUCAUCUAUUUCAUCUCAACGGCAACUCGUUUCCACCAGCUUGAUCGACAAAUUAUCGACCACAUUUGA